UGAAACCGGCCAAGCGUACGGGGAGGGGCCGCGUUACGUGGAAGCUGACGUGCAACAGCCCUGGUGCUCCAGGGGCUUGGGGACUUUGGGUGUCAGAACAGCCACUGGGCAUCCACUCCCCGACCCCAAAACACGUGUGCUUGAUGGGAACAGAAAUGCCAUUCUCCUGAGUGUGUAAGGAACCUACAGAACUGUAAUGUCUAACCCUACAUGGAAUAACAACUCUUGGAAGUUUUUUGGGCUGUACCUGACUCUGUGCAAAACUUAAAUCGGCUGCAGCUCCUUCUGCGAAGGAUCAGCCUUGGUACAGAAACAGUGGUAGUUAAAAGGCAUUGAUCUCCAGAGGAGUGGGACUAGGACAAAACAUGUGGUAUUCUUGACCAGGGAUCCAUGGAGAGGGUGUAAGCUGUUGGAAAACAUGAGAACAUCAGAAACACCUGGUUUUGUGCCUAGGUUUCAUUCAUAGAGUUUUUAGGUGGCAGAGACACGGUGAAGCUGAGUGUGGGGCAGGCAGAGCUGAUGGGGGAGCCUGGGGUGUAGCCCAGGAUGGACUGGCUGUGACGACGACGUGCCUUAGCCCGAGAGGUCGUUACCAUGAAGAGUUCCUGCAGAGCUGGCCUCCACAGGGAACCACUGACUUCCACAUCCUCCACCUUCCAUCAGGUCAAACGGGUUUCUGGUAUGCACUUAAAGCCAUAUCUCAAGUUACAGAAGAAAGAGCGAUCCCCAGAAAUAAGCCAGGAUUCCCUGCGAGGCCACCAGGGACCAGCACAAGGAGAAAAAUUCACCAACUGCACCAAACUGAGCGUUUUCCCAAAACCCUCCCUCGUGGCUCCAUCUCAAAAGCUCCUGGGGAUUAUUUAUCCAAAUACUAUGUGCAAUAUGAACGGGAAAGGCCCGGCGGACGCUCCGAGUGCAAGGGAGAAGAAGAACGCCCUGUCUGCCACGAUCCACCAGGGAGAAGAAGGGGAAGGGCCUCUGGAUGUGUGGGCUGUGGUGAAGCCUGGCAACACCAAGGAGAAAAUCGCCUUCUUCGCAGCCCAGCAGUGCAGCAGCAGCACCCGCACGGGCUCCAUGAAAAUCAAGAGCACGUGGGACAUCGACGGGAGAACGGCCAAACGCAGGAAAAAAUCGGUGGAUCUUAAAAAAGCCAAAAUCCAGCUGGAAAGAAUGAGGGAGGCCAACGCCAGGUGCUCCCAGCCGGAGCCCUUCGCCUGCGGCAUCGAGCACUGCUCGGUGCACUUGGGCAGCGAUGGCGGCGAGGGCGCCUUCCCGGGCCGCUCGCUGUCCGUCAUCGAGAUGGUGGCUUUCCUGGAGCAGCGGGCCAGCGCCCUGCUGGUGGACUGUGCCAAGACCUGCACGGCCACCUCGGCCACCAGGCUGAGCCUCCAGCCCAAGGCUGCCCUGCCCGGCUCCGAGCCCUUCUCGCCGGGCGAGGCGCCCGCGGAGCCGCAGGGCGAGCCCGUGCGCGUGCUGGACAUGGUGGCCAGGCUGGAGUCCGAGUGCCUGAGGCGGCAGAGCGAGGCCGGGAGCCUCUCCCGCAACAACAGCUUCCGCAGGAACGUGGGCAGGGUGCUCCUGGCCAGCGGCACCCAGCCUGAGGGAGACGUGGGGAAGGGGCUCCCGGCUCAGGGGGACGGCCUGGGGGAGGCAGGGGUGGCAGAGGCCGGCUAUGGAGGUCGCUGUGACCCUCUGGGUGACACCGAGCUGUGGGAUGGCGGUGCCUCUGCCCGGCGGCCGUUUCCUUCGGGGCUGGAUACCCGGGUGGGGAAUGUGAAUUCGGGACUUGCCCAGGCGGUGUUGGCCAUGACAGCUGGCAGGAAUGACACCGAAACACGGAUUGAGCCCCCCAGGGCUCUCCUGUCCCCGUGUCCCGCCGCUGCCAGGCUGCCACCGGAUCCCUUGCAGAGCAAGAACGCGACUGUUGAUUGUACGUCGAAGGAGCCUGUAAUUUUCCCAAAGCAUCCUGCUAGGAAGGAGCCCUUGUGCAUCAGUAUAUCAGUCACCAAGACAGAGGAAGGGUGCAGGAAGGAGAAGCUCUCCGGUUCUGGUGAGGAUUCACUCCCAGGGAGGCUGUUUUUCCUCCAGGGUGAGCAGCCUGCUGCUCACGAGCAACAGCCACGGCGGGAGGGUCCCCAGGAGAAGCCAGGGGAAGCAGCCCAAAACGAGGAUGAGGAUGCUCUGGCAUCUGGCAGAUCGUGUGUCAGAAGCAGUGUCCCUACAGAGCCAUCGGCCCCUUCUGUCCCUGCCACAGAAGGGGCUUUGCAAGUACUUGAUGCUUCCUGCCUAAAGCGGCAGGUUUCACAUGACUUUCUGGAGACCAGGUUUAAAAUCCAGCAGCUUUUGGAGCCUCAGCAGUACAUGGCCUUCUUGCCUCACCACAUCAUCGUGAAGAUCUUUGGGUUGCUUCCCACCAGGAGCCUGGUUGCCCUAAAAUGCACUUGCUACUACUUCAAGUUCAUCAUUGAGUACUACAACAUCAGGCCGGCGGACUCGCGCUGGGUGCGCGACCCUCGCUACCGGGAGGAUCCCUGCAAGCAGUGCAAGAAGAAAUACGUGAAGGGGGACGUGUCCCUGUGCCGGUGGCACCCCAAGCCCUACUGCCAGGCUCUGCCCUACGGGCCUGGCUACUGGAUGUGCUGUCACCGCUCCCAGAAGGGCAUCCCUGGCUGUAAGCUGGGGCUCCAUGACAAUCACUGGGUCCCUGCCUGCCACAGCUUUAACCGCGCCAUCCAUAAGAAAACCCGAGGAGCGGGAGCAGAGGUGGAAGAGGAAUAUUAGUGCACAAACACUUUCCUGCAAGAUUGUUUGGGAGAGGAGGAGGAGGAGGAGAUUCUCAUGCCUUGUGCUGUUUACAGUGUAUAUAAUUGUCGUGAUUUUUUUUUUUUUCCACAGGGCUAUGAAACUGCACAUACUCAAACACAAGAGCCUUUACCUUUUAGAUUAAAAGAGAGCUUUUAGUCCAUCUCUGUAAAUAACACUAUAAAAACUAAUUGUACAUACAGAGUCUACAGCUGGCUGAACAAGGUAACCCCUACAAUGCAGCUAUCCCAGUGUUGCGGCUAUAGGUGUGUGUGUUUUUAAGUGUCUUGUUUCAAAAUCUGUAUAUCCUGUAUAAUAUAUGAAUGUUUCUGAGAAGAAACUCUAAAUAGGUAAAGGUCAACUUGUUUAAAGAAGCUGCAGACAACUUAACUGGACAACCUGAAACUUAGACUAUAGAACAGAUCCAUUAUAGUAGCGUGGCAGUGGAUUAAAAAAAGAAAGAGAGGAAUAUUAUUGUAUAGUCAGAAUAUAAAAAAAGUUCUUGUCUACCUUACCCAUGUUGUCUGGUUGGGUUUUUUUUUUUACAUAAAUAAAAUGUGCAUUCUAGAUCUGCCUUACCAGACUUUCUCUUGUAAGACUUUUGCCCCAAAAUAAAAAAUGCUGUAAAACA